AUGUCUGUUAGGUCACUAAAUCCAGCACUAUUGAGCCAUUUUAAUUCAUAUGGUCUUGUUAAGUUCACCCAAGGAUUCAAAAAUGUUAUGCAACCGGUGAUACUUCAAAAGAUCAUAGAUAAACUAGACCUCAAGUCCAAAUACCCGGAAUCUUCGUCAAUGGAUAUAAUAGACAUCUUCCCCGGGUACGGGAUCUUUUCAAGCAUGAUCAACUAUGAACUCAAACCUAAACAUCAUCUACUUAUAGAGGGCAAUAAAGAUAGUGCCGCUAUGUGGAAAGAACGAAUUAGUCAUUUAGAGAAUAAAUCGUUCAAUUCUGAACACUUUGAAGUGGUUAAUAAAAGUGGGUAUUCCUGGACGACUUAUGAUGAUUUAACUAAAGAGAAAAUCAUAAAUCCCACAUUUCAAUCAUUUGAUAAACCUCAUGAUCAAUUGCUUAUAGUGGGGAAUCUCACAUCUAACUUUGGUGAAUCUCUUUUCACCCAAUGGGUCAUGUGUUCCUACUAUAGGAAUUGGCUUCAUAAAUAUGGGAAAGUAAGAAUGCUUGUUUUGAUACCUCAAGAAUCUGCUAGUAAGUUCAUCACCAUGUCUGGUUACUCCAAAAGGAAUAAAUCUGCUUGCAAGUUAGAGAUCCUUACAAAUACCAAGUUAAUUGCCAUUACAGAACAUAAAGAUAGAUCUAAACCUCAAGGGGCGUCUUAUGACCCUCGAGUGUUAAUCAGAGAUCAACCUCUUAUCCUACCUAAUAGUAGUGUUAUACCAAGUGGGGGGCAAGUAGCCUUGGUGGAAGUCGUACCCAAGAACAUUCCAGAGCUAGACAUGGCUCUAUUGGAAUACAUCAUUCAAUUGUUCAUGUAUAAAUCAACCAUGCCUGUUGACUAUAUGCUUGAAUAUAUAUCUCCCGGUGCUCGAGAACAAUUGGGCCCCAAGCUUCCUGCUCACUUGCGAACAAAACAAGUUAAACUAUUGACGGGUGAAGAUUACUUGGAGAUUUACAAUGUCUUCAACGCCUGGCCGUUUAAACCUACAUUGCAAGAAACCAUGGGGAUUACCCUUGAAGAUACCAGAGAAUUAUAG